AUGUCAUCAUACUCGUCACCUUUCACUCGGGCGGUUGUGAGCUCCAUGAGAAAGCUCUAUCCCGAGUCACUAGCAGACAAGAGCUUCGAUAAUACAGGCUUACUUCUCGAAGCGCCCUUCAACCCAGCGCGGAGACAGAAGAACUCUGUGCUUCUGACCAUUGAUCUUACGAAGGCGGUAGCGGAUGAAGCUAUCAAACGGAAGGACUCGGUGGUGGUGGCCUACCAUCCCAUUAUCUUUCGAGGACUCAAAUCCCUCACGCUCAAUGACUCCCAACAACAGUCUCUCCUGAGACUCGCCCAGGAGGGCAUCAGCGUGUACUCCCCGCACACCGCCGUCGACGCGACCCCCGGCGGGAUGGCAGACUGGCUCUGCGACAUCGUCACAGGCGCCAUCGCCCCAUCCACCGACUCUUCCCCCUCCGUAUCCGCAUCGUCCUCCAAGCACUACUCCACGCCCACCUAUCCGCACCCCCAACCCGCCUCCGCCUCCCCAUCCUCCGCCGUCCCCCACACGCGCAGCACAAUCCAUCCCUCCCCGCCUCCACUCCCAGAGGGUAUGGAAUCCGCUGGCAUGGGCCGCCUCGUCACAUUCGACACGCCGCAGCCCCUGACCGCGAUCGUCGACCGCAUCGCGCAAGGCGUCGGCCACCCAGGCGGCAUCCCCAUCGCGGUCCCGCAGUCCGUCGCCGUCGACGACAUGAAGAUCCGUACCAUCGGCAUCUGCCCGGGCUCCGGAUCGAGUAUCCUCCGGGGCAGUCUCCCCGACCUCCUGUUCACGGGCGAGCUGAGCCACCACGAGGCGCUGUCGGCGAUCGAGCGCGGCUCGGCGGUCAUUGCGCUCGCGCACUCGAACACGGAACGAGGUUUUCUGCACGCUGUCAUGCGGGAGAAGCUGGCUGCGGAGCUGACGGGUGAGUGGGAGGUCCAGCGGGGGGAGGGGCUGGCGGCCUUGCAGGAGAGUACCAAGCAGGGCGGGGCGGGCGUUGUGGAGGGUCUGCAGGAUGCCUACAAUGACUGCGAGUGUGUGGUGGACGUUAGUGAGCGUGACCGGGAUCCUUACGGGAUCAUGAUCCGACGGGUAUAG